UGAGGCUACAAAGGCUCCUCGGCUUCACCUCAAUGUGCUUGUAUGUGUGGGGUGCGAUAUUUCAGCCAGAUCACCGCAACGAAAAGUGGAGCCAUUGUGAAGGAAACUUUUACAAGGGAUGGGUUCCUCUUCGACUGCUUCUUAAAAAAGCUUCUGUGGACUUUUGUUGUAGAUGCCAUGAAGAAAAAUGUAUUUCCAUUGCUAUUUUUCCAACCUUAAAACAUGUGCCAUUUGUUUGGGCAUAUAAAAUAGACCAUAUAGGGUUCUCUGAAUUGUCAGAGCAGGAUCUCUUGAAGAAUAUCAAGACUUGGUAUAUAUCACCAUCGGUUGUUGAUGAUCUGCUCGGAGGAAAGGUGCACUCACUCCCACCUCAAGUCACCUCAAGAUCCUCCCCAUCAACCACAUAUAUUUUAAGUGGUGUGUUUAAUCCCAGUGCAAAAUACAUGCCAGUAGGGAACUGGCAGAACACAGUCUACAUUCGCUGGAUCGCAUACCGCCACACAAACACAAAGGGGCUUAGUUUUGAAGGAGCAGUUGUCCAAAAAAUUCAGGAGAAAUGUAAGUGGAAAUGGCUGGCGGUGAAGCAACUGGUCGAGAUCCUUUCUGGAGUCUUUUUGGCCAAACCCAUGCAAACCCUCUUAAAUCAUCAAAACAUGGGACCUUUAAACCUGAACAGCUUAGAGAAAAUUCCAGACAGCUUUUCUGAAGCUGAAAAGAUAGAAGACUACCAAGACACUGCAAUGCCAUGUGUGAUGGCAACAACAAUGCAAAUCAAAGAAGCAAAACAUGACUUUACACAAAAUACAAAAAACAGCAAACCUCCCCUAACAACAGAUAUGAUUACAGACCUGUGCUCUGCACUCAUUCAUCGUACUAGCACCGGUUUGAAGAGAUGCCUUGAAAAGAUGAUGUUAGACAAUGUAAACUACACCACCCCUUCACCGCUCUUGUAUUUGUCUGUCACUAGCAAACCACGUAAUGUCAGGUCGGACGACCAUUCUCAGAGCCCCUUUCAACUAUAUGAAAUCAUUAAUCACAGAAAAUAUACCACACAAAAGCCACAAAACGGUGUUGAACUCAGUGACGAGGAGAAUGAUCAUUUUUACUAUUUUAACGGCAAGAUUAAACGUCAAGGGCAAUUUUACCAAAGGAAACUUGAUGAAUUUAGAUGACUUUAUUGUGCUGUUCAUAUAUGUAUUUAUUUAUAGCAAAUUAUUCCUUUGAAAAGUCAGAGGAGCCCAAUCAUUUAUAUCAUAGCCAUCUAAUAACGUCAAAAAUCAUGUUCUUAAUCAUUUUUUUUUUACCCUGUUUGUAAAUGUAUAUAUACACAACAUCCUUAAAAAAACAAUAAAUUUACUUGAGGCAACAUUGUGUAAGAUUUUCUUACCCUGAAAUUUCUCUCCCCAAUGUGUAAAGAAAAAAAGAAACUUUAAAGGGUUAGUUCACCCAAAAAUUAAAUUUCUGUCAUUUCUGUCAUUAAUUACUCACCCUCAUGUCAUUCCAAACCCAGAAGACCUUUGUUCAUCUUCAGAACAC